AUGGAAGCUACUAACUUAGCUAUGUCGCCGCGAGAGACGCUCAAGCCGCGAGCCGAACACAAGAGUUUGCAAUUAACUGGCAAACCCAAUCAGGUUGGCACAGUCCUUCUAUACGGAGUACCAAUCGUGUCUCUAGUAAUCGAAGGCAACGAGCGUCUCUGCCUCGCCCAGAUAUCGAACACGCUGCUGAAGCAGUUCUCGUACAAUGAGAUACACAACCGUCGGGUAGCGUUGGGGAUCACUUGUGUGCAGUGCACGCCGGUGCAGUUGGAGAUACUCAGGAGAGCUGGUGCAAUGCCUGUGUCGUCGCGACGAUGUGGUAUGAUAACAAGGCGAGAAGCGGAGAGGCUUUGCAAGUCGUUUUUGGGAGACAACGCUCCGCCGAGGCUGCCUGAUGAUUUUGCAUUUGCUGUCCAUCAUGAGUGCGCUUGGGGAUGCCGUGGGGCUUUUUUGCCGGCCAGGUACAAUUCAUCCCGAGCAAAAUGCAUCAAAUGUGCCUAUUGUGGGCUAUUCUUUUCCCCAAACAAGUUCAUAUUUCACUCUCACCGAGUGGGUCCUGGUGAUAAGUACAUCCAGCCAGAUGCAGCCAACUUCAACUCUUGGAGACGGCACAUGAAACUCAGUGGAACCCCUCCUGAGGAGGUCGUGCAUGCCUGGGAAGACGUAAAGGCUAUGUUCAACGGGGGAACAAGAAAGAGAAUGCUGUCCGCCGCUAGAAGAGUGCCUCUUCGCAGGCCUGAGUCGGAAGGCAGCAGUGAGGCGAAGAGACCAGCGGCGAGUCCACCGAGUGCCCACGCUCCUGUGCCUCGCCUCGCAGACUAUGUGUGGGGCGCGAGGCUGCCUCUGCCUUACGCUAUACCUUGGUUAAAGCCUACUUUGUGGACACCUGGUGCAUUAACAGCGCUAAGCAGCGUGAACUCAAUAGAGGAGCCCCGGGCCUUCCGACCAGUGAGGGGGCACAGACUGGAGUCUCCCCAGCUGUCUCCUGUCAUGUCACCACAGAGGUCACCUAACAGGUCGCCACUAUCAUCAUCGCCUCGGCGCUCAUCACACACUAGAUCACCAAUACGGUCGCCGCCGCCGCCAUCACCAGCUCGUUCACCCAAAAGUGACCGAGACAGUGAUGAGAGCGUGGAUAUUGAGACCACGGAGGAAGACCAGCCGAGGGAAGUGGCCUGCACUUGGCCAUGCAGCAGUGUGCCAACUCCUCGGCCUGAUGAGAACUGUUGGAGCGGGCUGGUGCCUAAGGUGGAGAGGGAUGAGGAGCCUCGCGUGGAGCCCUGGAGGCUGCCAGACCUACGGCCCUCGUUGCAUUAUAUGCAUGAUCGUGAUAGAGACUGCGUAGCCUGCGUGGCGCCUUUACCUUUGCUGCCUCCCCCUGCACCAACGCCGCAUUAGCCCAAUACAUAACAUUAUACAUAUCUGUAGGAAUUCUAAUCACUAGCUGUAAGGGUCAAUACACUGAGCUGUGUCUCAAUCUCAAUUAUGCCAAAAGACUAGUCGCAUUACGGGUUUCUUUUUAAACACUUUCAUGAAUUUUACUAUUGAUCUUAUCAAAAUAGCCCUGAAAGUACGUAAAAUUGUAUGUAAAAUGUUGGUUUAACAUAUUUAGUACCGAAUAUGCAUGGAAAAUAAUAUUUACGUAUAAUUUACGCUCGUAGGUAAAAGAUUGACGCACUGACAGAUAGAGGGCGCUUUAAUUCUUUGUUUGAUUGAAUGCUUUUCCCGCUAACUGGAAAUCUUAGUGUUGCUACUUCCUAAAAAUGAAAAGAUACUAAUACUUCAAACAUACCUAAGUUAUUUUCUAGUCAUGAACAUGAUAUCAAUAAUAAUUUAAUGUACCUAUGAAUAUAGACUCUAGUCGCGUGUAAUUAGUUUCAAUAAUAUUUAAGAAUAUCAUAAUUAUUUAGAAGUGUAACAUAAAAAGCAAUUGUAAUGAAUUUAAUUCAUUGUUAAAUAGAUACGACCUAGUGUACUAAGCAUUGUAAUCUAGUCAACGACUCUAGUUCUAUUAGAAAAUAUGUACCUAUGUAAAAAUAUUUAGAACACACUUUAAUGCGAAAUGAUUUUAAUGUAAAUAGCUAAAUUAUGUAAGGUUUAAAUAAUAUUUGUAGUUAAACUUUAAAUGUUAAGUUCUAUACGCUAUCUCAAUAAAUUCUAUAUUCUUAAACGCUUUAUGAAUCAACUGUUUAGCUCGAAAUCAGGGUUAUUAAAAUACAUUCUUUCUUAAGAAUUCCUUUCGAUUACAUAUCGCUAUUAUUAACGAAUAACUAACUGUAAUUUCUGUAUCAAACUGUAGUGGUAAUAUCUAGGUACCUACUUAUUAAAAUAUUAGCUGCACAAAAAAUAAAUUAUUCAAAAAGA